AUGGUGUUGCUGAGCCCAUCGGUUGGUGGUCUGAAAAUACUUUUGGGCAUCUGUGAAUCGUACGCUCGCCACCACAAUUUAAAAUAUAACGCACUCAAAAGUGAGUACAUGGUGUUCAAAGCGGGAAACAAAUGCCCAACGUAUGUACCUCCGAUUCUCCUGAAUGGUCAGGGACUGAAGAGGGUGACGACCUUCAAGUACUUAGGGCAUUUGGUAACCGAAGAUCUGCGCGACGACGCGGACAUCGAAAGGGAGCGCAGAGCAUUGGCGAUGAGAGCCAAUAUGAUAGCCCGCAGGUUUCAUCGAUGUACAGUCCAAGUAAAAAUAACUCUGUUCAGAGCGUACUGUACAUCGCUGUAUACUUGCAGCUUAUGGACCAGAUAUACCCAGCGAUCGCUAAAUGCUCUGCGGGUCCAAUACAACGACGCCUUCAGGGUGCUGUUGCGGCUGCCGCGAUACUGCAGCGCGUCCGGGAUGUUUGCGGACGCGAGCGUGGACGGUUUCUACGCCAUGCUCCGCAAGCGUUGCGCCGCGAUGCUUGGUAGGGUGCGUGACAGCCGCCAUAGCCUCCUGGCGAUCGUGGCUAACAGGUGGGACAGUGGCCUUUUGAAGCACUGGUCCUCCAUGCACGUUAGCCUUAAUAAUAAGUUCAAUUUAAUGUGA